UCCCGCAGUUUGAUAGCCGAUCUGGAGAAUUAUAAAGGAGUCUACUUAGCCACAUCUUGCAAACCCUUAUUAAAAUAUAAUUUUGUACUACGCAGCAUUCUCUACACUUGUGCGUUAAUGAUGGAGUCGAGGAUCCUUCUUCUACUUUUCCUUUCUGUCGUCGGGACUAUAACAUUAGUCCAAUCCCUCCCAACACACCGGGACCGGGAAGCUCGAUCAGUCAUUGGGGAUCUGGACCUUCCCAGGAGAGUAUUCUGGUCCAACGUGAGCUACGAUGUCUCUGUACCUUACGUGAGCCUUGAUGAAUGGGACCGUAUCCGCGCUGAUGUGGAGUCAUCGGUCCGUUCAGCGCGUCGGGGUGAUACUCAGUGUCGUCCAACGCUGCCUUUGGAACCCACAUUGCCCAGAGACCUGAGCCUGUGCCCGUGGUCCUACCAUACUGAAGACGAAGAUCCUGACAGGUUCCCCGUCAUCAUCCCACAGGCUUACUGUCAAUGUUCACGAUGUCACUUCAGUAGGCUAAUCAACUUCCAAGCCAUCGCUGAGCUCCCAGGCAUUCGAUCUACCUCGGCUUGCAAGGAGGUAUACGAGAACCGACGUGUUCUUCGCCGGGCAGUCCCUGGUGAUGAUACGUCUCCAUACGUCCCAUAUGACGUACCCGUAUCGGUGGCGUGUGUGUGCCAGAAACACAUAUCUUAAAUUCAGUUCAGUUCAUGUACGUGUUUGAGUGAUUCUUUAACAUGUAACGCCUAAAAUUGCCUAUGUGGGUUCAGCUACCUGUAGUUCUUUAAAAGAACAUGUUGGUAUUUCAUAUUGAAAUUAUCAGUUCUAAAGCAUCACCUUGUUCUAGUGUAAGAUUCAUUAUAACAACAUCAAUGUCUGUAUUUAAUCGUAUUUAUUCAUUGAUAGGACUUCAUAACUAUAGACGUAUAGUGUUCUUUGGAUUCGUUCAUAUAAUAGUGAUAUUAAUGGAUAAUAUUUUUAAACUCAUGUGAGCUACGCCUGUAGGAGAUUUUUUUUUUAAAGUUCCAACAUAUAUUAGGCCUUUAGUGUUCGCCAUGCUGAUAUCUGUAGGCCUAAAAACAACGAUGGGGAUCCACAAGCUCCGAUAAGCAGUGCUUCCUUAGUGAAUUCCCUCAUUUCCAGCCCAGAUAAUUUUUUUAAUCAUUAUCGUGUUUAUUUUAUAAUGGAACUGUAGUUUAUUUGUAAUAAGGCCUACGCAUAUGUUGGAAAUUGAUAUAAACUUGAACCUUGAAAAAUGCAAUAUUGAAUAUUUUAGAGGGAAUUUCAUCGAAGUUAUUGUUAAUGAAUGCUACACAUUCAAAUUAAUCAUUUUGACAAGACUUGCCUUUUAGAGAAAUCAGAUUAUAAACUUAUAUCGAUUAUAAUACGAACCAUAAAUGAUUUAUUGUGAGACAUAUACGUUUAUGAUAGUAUCCUGGUCAGCUACAGGAUCCUAACCCCCCCCCCCCUCUUUAUCGGUGCCACUCACUCCCUCAAUUAAUCGGUAGGCCCAUACCUAUAUUUUUGUUUCGCCAAAUGUCGUGACAUUUUGAAAAGACGAUUGCUGAGAGCGAGUAUAUAAGUAUAAUAAUCUUUAUCAUCAAAGAUAUGAUUAGGAGUAGGUAUGAUUAGGAGUAGGAUGUACGAAUAAUUACGCAAAGCGCAAAGAAAAUUGCUUGAAAUUACUUCAACACCUGCAAGAAAUUUGUGAAGAUUACAUCAUAUAGAAACUAAUGGGUAACCUUCAAGCCUGGUUUGUUUUACA